AUGGGCGAGCGCGGUAAGACCAAACUUGAACAUCCCGACGGCCCCGGGCCGACGAUCGUCACGACUCGCCGCCAAACCAACUCCACCGCUGCCAUUACCGCCGAACAGCCGAGGCGCACCACAGCGAUUGAGCACACGUCCGGAGAACCGAACGAAUCAAGCACGCGCGGAGGAUACUUCAACUGCUCGCCAGAGAGUGUUGCGCGCAUCGACUCCUCUCUCUCCUCCCCCGCUAUCGCCCUUAACCCGUUCGCCAACUUCCCCAUCACCGACUCGAACUCCAUGUCUACACCUGCGACAAAGAUGCCCCCGCCCCGCGCCAAAACCGCCCCCCGGUUCAAAGGCCGCAAUGUCAAGGACUUCCUUUUCGAGCUGGAAACCAUCGCAGAAAGUGUCGGUGCGAAGCGCGAAGACCUCCCCAAGUGUGUACUCUCGUACUGUGAGUCGGACAUCCGCAACCGUCUUGCCGGCGAGCCCGCCUUCAAGGGGACCAACUGGGCAGCGGCCAAAGCCCUCCUGUUCUCUAUCUUCCGUUUCCGCGACUCUGCCACGCGGUACCCACCUCAACGUCUCCGGUCGUUCGCAGCCAAGAGCCGGAAGAGUCAAACCGUCGACUCGGAAGAAGCCCUCAGCGAAUACCGCCUCUCGUUCAUGAAGUACAGCGGGACAUUGGUCGAAGAGAGUCUCCUCGAGCAGAAAGAGCACGACUACCUGUUCUUCAUCGGCCUUCCAGACUCGCUCCGCAGCUCGAUCGGGUCAACGCUGAAGUCAGUCGUCCUCACUCGCUCUGGCCAGAAGUUCGAGCCCUGGACGAACCCUGCCUCCGUCUCUGAGGUCUGCGCGGCGGUCUCAGAGCACUACGAGUCUUGCAGGAUCGACACGUACCGACGCCGCCGCAAGCGCGCUGCUGUGUCCGACUCCGAAAGCGACAGCUCGGACAGUGCGACAGACUCUUCGGACUCAGAGGAUGCGCCUUACUCGUCUGGAGACGAUGUGGCUUCACCCCCGAAACGCAAAGGCAAGAAGAAGACGCGCCGUGACAGGCUCUCAUCUCACUCUGACUCCGAGGUUCGCUCCACGCGGCGCGGCCACAAGUCCACGCGUAGGGAAGUGAAGGCGCUCCGUCUUCAGCUCGAGCUACUCAAGAAGCAGACUUCCGCGCCGACGCACUCAGACCCGGGCCCUCUCGCGCCUCUCGCAGGCCCUUCUAGCGUGUAUGCAGGGGUGCACGGCACCGGGAACGCUCCCAACCCAUUCGCCGCCGGCUUACCUGCAGGGUACCCCACCGCGUACGCCGCUCAGCCCAAUGGCCCCAACGCCGGUCCUCCUGGUCAACGAGUGUGUUACAUGUGUGGCGGUGUCGAGAACAACGGACUCACCCACCCACUUGGCAUGCGGAACUGUCCGGAGACGACUGCACUCAUACAGGAACGCGUCCUGCAGUACCACCCUGUUACCGGUAUGCUGGAGCGGACGGACAAGGGCUACCUCCCACGCUUCAACCAACUGCCCCAGGGUCUCGCCGCGUGGAUGCGGUCACAGAGCGGUAACGCGCAAGUCCUCGGAGCUACCGCGCGCGCCACCGGUCUCUACCUAGACGAUGAGCCUGCGUUUCCGUAUACAGGCUCCUACGCGUUCCCCGCUGCCGCGUCAUCCUUCCCGGUCACCACCCGUUCGAAGGCAAAGGCGGCAACUUCGCCCUCCAAGACGGUCCGUUUCGAGCCUACGACACUUCCCACUCUCCCUGUUGCUACCCCUGCGUUCCCCCCUUCUGCGCCACCCCCACACUUUCGUAAUACGGAGGAAGGUUUCAUGCAGGAGUACCGUCUGAAGAAGCACCCUGCGACGGUCGAGGAAGUGCCAGAUGCUGACGCGCCUCGGCACCAUACCUUCACACGCACGACCUCAAAGCCGUUCAAGUUCACUUCGGAGGUUCAGCAGAGCGUCGUAGUCGAUGACGUCCACGAUCGACUCCUCGACUCCCCCGUUACCAUGACGCUUCGAGAGGCUCUGGCGCUAGCCCCCAGCCUACAGAAGAAGGUUGCCGCGCUUGUCAAACCCCGUCGGGACUUCUCUGGAUCUGACGUGCCCGCGACUGCUUCGGCCUUCGCCACGGACACCACUCCUGCGUCGUUCAUCGAGGAAGUCCCUGUUACGUCUGAGGGCUUUAUUCCAGCUGGAAUACGACCUAGGCGCCUUGUGGUUACAGUGGCGAUGCUCAGAGCGCUUGCGUGCUAUCGAGCGAGUGCGAGCGACAACGAGUGA